AUGAUCGGGCGUCGUGACUCAAGGCGCUCGCUCUCCGCCGAGUACACUCGGCACCUCUCCGUCGAAGAGACGCUCGCGAAGGGCGAGGGCGGCCGCGGCAGUGUGCGGCACGUCACCGUCAACAUCGGCCACAGCACCUUCAUCGAGUUCAAGACGUACACGCAGGCGUUGCCGCACUUCGACCGGCUGGGCUAUGUUAGCAUGAUGGGGUACGAGGUGUGCUGCUCUGUGGUGGUCGAGAAACCCCUUAGGAACAUUGAGGCGCCCGCUCGCGCUGGGUGGAUCCGUGCCCUCUUCGGCGAGAUCGCCCGUAUCCUCAACCACCUCAUGGCCGUCCUCACCCGCGCCAUGAACGUCGGUGCCCUCACGCCCUGCCUGCGGGGGCUUCGAGGAGCGCGAGAAGCUUAUGAAGUUCUACGAGUGCGCCCCGGCGGCGUAGCGUUCGACCUCCCGCACAGCCUACUCGACGACACCUUCAAGCGGGCGACGCAAUACAGCUCGCACGUCGACGAGAUCGACAAGGUCGUGACGGGCAACAGGAUCUCGGAGCAGCGGACGAUCAAUGGCGGGCGACCGCAGCACACCUAUCGACUGGCAUCGCCGUACGACGCAUACGACCAGGUUAUUACGAAGAUUGUCGUAGGCAUACUACCUAUAGAGCUCGUCUAGGGGCAUUGCAUCCAUAUACUGCUCAGAGAUAGGGCUGGGGCCUAACUAAAAGGGAACUCGCCUCAUCGCUCGAGCGGAGGGUGGCGAUACCACAAGGGCUCUCGGUCCUC